AUGAGACGCAAUAUGAGGAGUGACCCAAAAAAGAGACAUUCCAUGUUGAUGGCACCUUCAACUUUGGACAUAACCGGGAUCUCGUCGUUCGCGGCGUUCUCGGGUCUUUACAACUCGAAGUCGGGCAACAAAUCGGCAGACGACGUGGCCACAUCGAAAGCAGAACCAACAGCACAGCGUGGCUCGGGAAAACCUAAAAACACCAGUUUGAAACGCAGCACCGUCUUGCUGGACGACAACAUGGUUCGUGAAUACAAUCUUGCCAUCCAGGAGCUGGCUCAGGAAAACGGCAGUCGAUCUUCGCCCAGCUCUCGCAAAACCCCGCAUCGUAUACACCACAGCUCAGUCUCUGCGUCGUCCAGCAUGUCGUCGCUAUUCUCGCGCGAAAGCACAAUGUCGAUCCAAGACCUCAUGUAUCAGGAAUUAAGCCCGGAGUCUGCGGGACAGACUACUUAUCAUCAAAAGGGGUUUUUCACGGGCACGAUGGAACUCGAGCUUGUGGAUUGGGAAGACGAGGAAUUUAGUGGGAAGCCCUCAAGGACUCAACUGGACUUUUUCUAG